AUGAACGACAUUUGUGCUAGACGGUUUGCACAGGGGAUGAUGUUCCACCAGCUGAUGCGCUGCCACGGGACUCUGUGGGCCGCGACGCAGGUGACCAAGGAGAAGCUUGAUUACAACUUUAUUCGUGAGGAGUUCAUGCGAGUAAAUGGUAGACGCACAAUGCCGCUCCUCAUUGGUGCUGCUGCGGAUGAAAAUCUCCAUGGGAUGCACCUGACACACCUGACGGAGCAUUGUGCAUGGGGAGAGAGCGCCAGAGCCUCCGCUGUGCAUCGACAGACGCCGUUGUCGCAGCACAUUGGGGCGAUGGGAAGAAUGUCCGAGACAAUUCAACAGACGAAAAACUCGGCAACAAUGCAGAAUCUCUUCAAUGAACAUUUGUCCCACAUUGAAGGCAUCAGCACUUUUGAGGAAGAGCCACUUGUCGAGGAUGAAAAUUGA